AUGACCAAAACCCUACAACAUGUGGACUAUGAGGAUGUCGUUGUAUUAUUGCCCUUAGAUGGACAGAACCCUGGUGAGGAUAAGACAGUGUUGAUCUGGGGUGCCAGUAGCUGUGUUGGCUCUUGCGGUGUGCAAUUAGCUGCGCAUGCAGGGUACGAGAUCUUUGGAAUUGCAAGCAGGAGAAAUCACGAAAUGGUCAAGAGCUUGGGUGCGGUUGCGUGUUUUGAUCAAAGUGAACCAGAUCUCAUUGAAGAUAUUGUGCAGGCCCUGAAAGGAAAGGCUGUGGCCGGCGCUUUCGACGCCAAUCACAACAACGAGACUCUGGAAAAGCUUUGCGAGAUUCUCCACAAAGUCGACCAGAGAAAGCUUAUAGCAUCGAUUUCACCUGGUGCAGAAGCAAAGGGCACAAAAGGAGUGAAGAUCAUCACCAAUUUUGCCACAAUUGGAGUUGAAAGUGAGGUUCCUAAGUUCAUCUGGCAAUGGAUCAACAAAGCAAUGGAGAGCAACACGAUAAAGUAUAUGCCACAGCCGGAAAUCGUUGGAAAAGGGCUGAAUGGCUUACAAAAGGCCGUUGAGUUGUUGAGCAAGGGCGUCAGCGCGAAGAAACUGGUGGUUUCCAUUUGA